AUGGGAGGUGGAUUGUUGCCUUUCUUGGCUAUGGCUUUUGUUCAACUGGGCUAUGCUGGAAUGAACAUUAUAUCAACAAUUGCCAUGGAUUCAGGGAUGAACCCUUUUAUUCAUGUUGCUUAUCGACAGCUUUUUGCCACCCUUUGCCUUUUUCCCUUAGCUUAUUUCUUGGAGAGGAAAACAUGGUGCCAGUUAACUCGUUCCACGGUUUUCCAGAUUUUCUUGUGCUCCAUUUUUGGGGCAACUAUGAAUCAGAUCACCUACUUUGUUGGGCUUAAACAUUCAACUCCAACAAUUGCAUGUGCGUUGACAAAUUUGAUUCCAGCAUUCACUUUUCUCCUUGCUGUUCCACUUGGAUUAGAAAGAGCACAAUUUAGAACUAAGGCUGGACAAGCCAAGAUAUGGGGAACAAUCAUUUGUGUUGGUGGUGCUUUUGUGUUGUCCAUGUACCAUGGAGAAAUUAUCAAAAUAGCCCAAUCAAGCAUUGACUGGAAAUUAGCAGAACAAUCAAGAAAUAACAAAGUUAGCCACCAUGGGAAUUUCUUCUCUGGGAUAUUCCUUCUGAUCAUAAGCUCUGUUUCCUGGGCAGUAUGGAUAAUCAUCCAAGCAAAAGUGGGUCAGAUUUACCCAGCUCGGUAUUCUAGCUCAGCAUUGAUGUGUUUUAUGUCCAGCAUUCAGUGUGUGAUCAUUAGCUUAUGCGUUGAUCAUAACUUAUCAGCUUGGUCAUUGCGUCCACCCAUCCGGGCUAUUUCAAGUCUUUAUGCGGCAAUUGUAUGCACUGCACUAGCAUUUUGCAUCCAAUCAUGGUGUAUUGAAAAGAAAGGUCCUUUAUACGUCUCUGUUUUCAGCCCUUUGCUUCUUGUCAUAGUAGCUAUUCUCAGUUGGGCUCUUCUUCGAGAAAAACUCUACCUUGGGACAGUUGCGGGAUCUGUAUUGAUUGUGAUGGGGCUCUACAGCGUUCUGUGGGGAAAAAGUCAAGAAGUUGAGCAAAUGGAAGAAGAAGAAACGGAUAAAGAUGAUGAUGAUGGAGCAGUUCAUUGUGAGAUUGAGAUCAUCAAGGAUGAUAAAGCGUUAGAGUCAUGCAAAAGACCACCAUAUCUCAAGUGCUACUAUCAAAAUAUUCGAGGGAUUAUUUAUGUUGUUGACAGCAAUGAUCAGGAUCGCAUUUUUGAUGCUAGGGAUAACCUAAAAUUACAGUUGGAAGAGGAGUUGCUGAAGGAUUCAGUUCUGCUUGUUCUGGCAAAUAAGCAAGAUCUUCCCAAUGCAAUGAAUGCCGAGGAAAUCAUCCUCAAACUUGGUCUUCACUCUCUUCAUCCUCGCCUCUGCAGAAAGCAGAGGAAGCAGAGGAAGAGAGAUUUGAAUUGCUUGAAGAUGGAAACUUUGACGGUCAGCUUGGUUCUUCUUGCAGCAUUUCUUUUGACAGUUUUCGGCCUUUUGAAGGGAUCCAAAUCAGCCCAGAAGAAAAAGAAGCCACCUCCAUCCCCAUGGAAGCUACCCAUAAUUGGUCAUCUGCAUCAUUUGAAGGGAGCUCCACCUCACCAUGCGCUCAGAAGAUUAUCCCAGAAAUAUGGUCCCCUGAUUCACUUACAGCUGGGAGAAAUCCCCGCAAUCCUUAUCUCAUCCCCGCGAUUAGCCAAAGAGGUAAUGAGAACUCAAGAUCUCGCGUUUGCUAGCCGGGCCGAAUUCAUGGUUGGGAAAAUCAUUAGCUAUGAUCAUGCCGAUAUUUCGCUCUCUCCAUACGGCGAGUACUGGAGACAAAUGCGCAAAAUCUGCACCGUGGAGCUUCUCAGCGAUAAAAAUGUGCGGUCAUAUACCUGGAUCAGGGACGAUGAAGCUCAAAAUCUCAUCAGAUCUAUUGAAGAAGCUCUUGUAGAUAGUUGUUCUACACCAAUCAACCUGAGAGACAAGUUGGCCCAAUACACCAGUUCCGUGGUGGUCAGAGCAGCAUUUGGGAAAAUCAGCAAAGAUGUCCAGAAUGAGUUCUUAAAGGUUAUCAUGGAAACAUUAGGCCUUGCCAGUGCCUUUGAGAUUUCUGAUCUGUUCCCAUCUCUGAAGAUUCUGCAUCCUUUCUUCUCUGUCAAGGGUAAGAUUAUGCAGCUGCACCGAAAGCUGGACAGGUUGUUGGACAACAUUAUCCAACAGUAUCUCAGUGACAACGACUUAGCAAGAUCGAAAAAAGAACGUGGUAAUGAAGACCUAACUGAUGUUCUACUGAGAAUUAAGGAUAGCAAUGACCUUCAACUUCCAAUUACAAACAAUAGCAUCAAAGCUGUGAUGAUUGAUAUGUUCACAGGGGGAACAGAUACUUCAUUAACGACGGUGGAGUGGGCAAUGGCUGAGUUGAUUAGACAUCCUGAGGUGAUGGCCAAACUCCAAUAUGAAAUCAGGACGGCUGUCAGGGUAAAGGGAACAGCAAUUCAAGAGGAUGGUAUCCAAGAAUUAGGAUACCUAAAAUCAGUGGUCAAAGAAACUCUUAGGUUACACCCUCCACUUCCUUUAAUGGUUCCGAGAGAGAGCAGGGAACAAACCGAGAUUGAUGGUUAUAUCAUCCCUGUUAAAAACCGAGUCUUGGUUAACGCAUGGGCGAUUGGAAGAGACCCUGAGUAUUGGGACGAUCCUGAAAGUUUCAAACCCGAGAGAUUUGAAGACAGCGACAUAGAUUUCGCAGGAAAUCAUUUCGAGUUCAUACCAUUUGGCGCUGGAAGAAGGAUAUGCCCGGGAAUAUCUUUUGGCCUUGCUAAUGUCUAUCUUCCAUUAGCCCUUUUACUCUACCAUUUUGAUUGGAAACUCCCGAAUGGAAUGAACCCUAAGGAUUUAGACAUGGCUGAGACUGUUGGCAUAACUGUAUCAAGAGCAAAUCCGCUUCUCUUGAUGGCAAAACAAAUUGUAUGA